AUGUUGUUGCUAACAGCAGUGCUUUUGGCCGUUUACCUCGCCUACCAGCUCUUCAACAGCAUCCUCCCUCAUUUCCUUCUAGUGCCGCCGCAAAGAUGGCAAGACAAGUUCCUCAAGGUGAUGAAGCAUGACAAACCGAUAUAUCUCAAGGUUGGAAUGAAGCGUCUGAGCAUGAGGAGGAGACUCGUGUUGGCUAGCAGUGUGCCGUCAUUCUACACCAAUUUCCGUAACAACAAACUAAAGAUUUCGCCGCAGGAUUCAGCCAACGAAAAGCAAUUCAUGGAGGAAACGCGAAGACGCGAUGUCGAGGAUCCUCAGCGCAGGAUCAUAUAUGGGUUUUUCCAUCCAUAUGCAAACAAUGGUGGAGGUGGCGAAAAAGUGCUUUGGCAGGCGGUGCGUGCUACACUUCAACAGGACGCGAAAAAUAUAUGUGUCGUAUAUACUACAAACUUGGAUGCCGAGCCAUUGGAUAUACUAAACAAGGCUCAAGAUAGAUUCCAUGUUGGGCAAUUGGACUCUUGUCGAGUUGUGUUUAUUUACUUGAGACAGUUUGGCAAAUUGGUUGAUGGCGCAUACUGGAAACGUUUCACCAUGAUUGGACAGCUUGUGGGUACAAUGUUGCUUAGUUUCGAAGCUGCGUUUGAACUUUCGCCCGAUGUAUGGGUCGAUACCAUGGGACUACCUGGCAGCUACAUCGUGGCAGCCAAAGUCUUGCGGGUCCCAGUUGUUGCCUAUGUCCAUUAUCCGAUUUUGCAGGAGGACAUGUUCAACAAGCUCAAGUACCGUAAAUUGGGCGACUUGACCCUGAUUCGCAGUGGUUGCGACGUGGUGAGCUACGGAAAACUCAUCUACUGGUCAGCAUUGUACUAUUUUUACGUCUAUUUGGGCUCGUUGGUGGACUUGACACUUGCCAACGGCACUUGGACGUAUCGCCAUUUGCAGAAAAUAUGGUACAUGAACAAAGGCAUGGGCCACUCGAUGGAGAUCUUGUACCCGCCAUGUGGCACCGAGGAAUUGACCAGUGGCACUACCAAUACCAAAAAGAAAGAGAAUAGGCUCUUGUAUCUUGCACAAUUCCGUCCUGAAAAGCGCCAUAUUUUGGUAUUGAAAGAAUUUCAACAGUUCCUUGCAAACAACUACCCCAACCUCGGAACCAAAACCUCACCCACGGCGGCUCACAAGGACGAAAUACCAACUUUGGUCUUUGCCGGCUCGUGCCGCACAAAGGACGACACGGCAACGUUGGAGUUUUUAAGGUCGCAAGUUGACAUUUUGAACCUCGGCGGGUUUGUCACUUUCGAAGUCGAUAUACCGUAUGCGCGAGUCGUGGAGUUGUUGACGAGCUGCAAAUUCGGAGUGAAUGCCAUGUGGAAUGAGCAUUUUGGAAUCGGCGUGGUUGAAUACGUGGCAAGAGGCUGUAUCCCAGUUGUGCAUGCUUCAGCAGGCCCCUACCUUGAUAUCGUGUUUGGUGGUGGUGGUGACAACAACCAGAGUUUGGGUUAUUUUUUCAAAUCUUUUGCUGAUCCUGACUUUGAUGGAAAAAUCCAAACUCGAAACGAACCUGAGGGGUACUUGACUUUCAAAAUCAACGGAGAAACAAAACAAUUUCCAACUUUGGAACAUCUCUUGACUGAAAUGUUUGUCACUAACAGGGAAAUGGUUCUGGAUAGUCUCUUGGAGGCAAAGAGAAGAUUGGGGCAGGAAAUUGUCAGAGAAAAGUUUUCGAAUGCCAAGUUUGACACGCAGUGGGUCUCAUACAUUGAACAAGCUGACGACCUCGAGAAAAGCUAUAGAAACGAUAGACGUGGCAAGCUAGUAAAGGUGUAUUAG